AUGCUCUUGCCAUGCCAGCCGGCGGCCAGGAAGAGGCCGCUGGCCACGAGGUCCUUGAGCAGAUCGAGAAGCUGCCUCGUGCUGAUUAUAAUCCUCGCGCUGAUCGGCCGCGAGGGAUUGCGAGCUGCCACGCAGAUCCGCUACGCUUCGCGCAUCAUCGAGACCAAGAGCGGACAAAUACGUGGGAUUCUUCAGAAUUUGAACAACCAAUUCUUGGAUCCCGUGGAAGUGUUCCGAGGCAUUCCGUACGCGGCACCUCCCGUAGGAGAUUUACGUUUUCGACCACCGAUCUCGCCGAUCCCCUGGGACGGUAUCAAGCUGGCGGAUUCCUUCGGCGCCGUUUGCCCGCAGCACUUUCCGGACAUCAGCAAUGACACAGCUGCUUUGUUGCAAAUGCCCAGGAGCAGAUACCAACAGCUGAAACGUUUGUACAUGUUCCUGACCAACCAGAGCGAGGACUGCCUGUUUUUGAACCUGUACAUACACGGCAGUGGAUCUCGAGGACUAGCAGCACCAUACGCAGUGAUGGUGUACGUUCACGGUGAAAGUUUCGAAUGGGGAACCGGGAACGUCUACGAUGGAUCCGUGUUGGCCAGUGCUGGCCACGUUAUAGUGAUCACGCUGAACUAUCGUCUGGGAAUAUUAGGUUUCCUGAGGACUCGUCCGUAUCCAGACAGAACGCCAGGAUCCGGUGGGAACCUGGCCUUGAAGGAUAUCGCUAUGGGACUGCGCUGGAUACGCGAAAAUAUCGCUGCUUUUGGGGGCGAUCCGACAAAUAUCACGUUGAUUGGACACGAUACCGGCGCUGCUCUGGUGAAUCUCCUGCUGCUUGCUCCUUAUGGCAAGGGUCUGUUUCACCGCGUUGUGUUAUCGAGUGGCUCAGCGUUAAGCCCGUGGGCGUCUGUUCACGAUCCGAACGACCUACGGUUGAAGGUAGCAGAGCAAAUAGGAUGUUCCACUGAGAACGACGAAGAUAUUGCCGACUGUCUACGCGGCGUUCCUCUCCGUGAGCUCAUGGCCGUUGAACUGCCGGAAAUCCGAUUCGUGCCACGGAUCGGGCCAGGCUUGCCAGUGGACCAGAACAAUCCCGACCCAGGCCUGGACAUGGAGAGAGUCAGCGACACGUUCAUCAAGGUACCACUGAUCCUCGGUGUCUCCACCACCGAGUCGAACCUGGACUUCAACGCGAACGACAUUCAGCAAGGGUUCGAGGAGGAUUAUCGGAAUCGAAUUCUACGGACGUUCAUCAGGAACGCUUAUGUCUAUCAUCUGAACGAGAUCUUCUCCGCGGUUAGGAACGAGUAUACGGACUGGAACAAGUCUGUCCUGCAUCCGAUCAUUAUAAGGGAUUGGACCAUGGAGGCACUGAGCGAUGGCCACACCGUUGCGCCUCUCAUGAGGAUUGCGUUCUAUCAUGCCAGGCGGGGGGCUAAAACGUACUUCUAUCACUUUAGUCAUCAGACGAAGGAUAGUGGCCUUUUGCAGAUAACAAGGAUGACGUCGCGAACACAAGGAAACCGUCUGGGCAGCGUUCGCGGCGAGGAUAUACCGUAUAUCUUCGGCCUGCCGCUGGUGGCUGGGGGAUCCUUCUUUCCACGGAAUUAUUCUAGCCAGGAUCAAGGCGUCGCAGAGGCGGUCCUAACGUUUUUCACGAAUUUCGCCAAGACCGGCAAUCCGAACGAGCCACACAAAAUCGAAUCGGUGGAUUACGGCACGCCGAAGGAGAAUAAGCGAUAUCAUGGCCUCACGUGGGAACAAUACGAGACUGGUACUCAACAGUAUCUCACGAUUGCGAUGAAACCGAAAAUGAAGAGUCAUUACCGUGGUCAUAAAAUGGCGGUUUGGCUGAACCUGAUACCCCAACUCCAUCGUCCUGGGGACGACGAUGUCUCUAUGCGGCAUCAUCAUUUUCGAGAAAGGGGCGACCACAUUUAUGCAGGACCAGUUCGAGAUGAGUGGUACACUCCCCUGCCCCUCGUAGGUACAACCAAAACCAGCGCAUCUUCGACAACAGCGUGCAGCACAUCUGCUGGUGAUGAUCUCACCGAGGAUAUUACACCUGUUUUGGACGACUCGGAAGACAAUGCAGAGCUGUUGCAAAGAUCGACCUCUCGUCACUAUUAUAGCACCACCACAGCUCUGGCAAUCACUGUAGGAAUCGGUUGCAUUCUGUUGGUGCUGAACAUGUUGAUAUUCGCGGGUAUUUACUAUCAAAGGGAUCGAGACAAGAAGAGGGCGGCAAUGGAUUGCACGCCAAAUGGACAAGAAUCCCUUCCAAUGACCACUAGAUCGUCCAUUAAGAGCCCAGAAAGCCCCAGAACAGCCCAAGAACCUCCGCCGUCGUAUACUACCCUUGCAAGAAGUCCCUCUAUUCAGGAACAUCAACAAAUUGCUCAGAGUCAAUCGACAGACGUCGAUGAACAGUCUAAUAGUGAACCAAAACCUGGCCACGGGACCAGCAACACCAUCCACAAGGAUCCUAUUCCUCCAAAACCACCAACGAGGACAACUAGCUCUUUGAGUACUACUAGUGGCACCAAUACUAUUAAAAAACGUGUGCAAAUACAGGAAAUAUCUGUAUAG